CAGGUAUCUAAAGAAGGUUAGGAGAGAAAGUCAGACGCACAUCAAAGUUGGAAUUUGGGCGUCGACUGAAGCUCAGGUCGGGAAGGGGAAUGAAGAUGGGAUGUGUUCUGGGAAGCUUAGGAUACGUACGUCAUACCAGCUUCCCUCCAGAAGAACGACAUUGUUGGUUACGCUGUGGGGGUUUGCGUUGGGAUGAAUGGGAGUCGUCGUUGUUCAGCCUUGUUCAGCAGCAUUAGGAACACGUAUGACCAAUUGUGUGGCUUGUGCGGUGGCGCAGGGCUCAGAACGGCGCUUUUCCCAGCGGCGGAGGAUUGCCAUCCUGAUUGCAUCAGAGAGAUCCCCACGAGAUCCCCACGAGAUCCCGUCUGCAGCAGAUCCAGCAUGUUAGCGGAGGCAGCAGCCCGUCGCAAAGACCAUGGACCUCCUUACCAUCUUUGCGACCGUCUGCUCUCCAUCCCGCACCGUGGUACUGCGUGCAAUACAUCCUUACCCACGCAAAAGCAGGACCAACCAAAGUGUUCGACCCACCGAAAAACCCCCCACUCUCACGCAGGCCUAAAACCCCUGCGAGUCCGUGGCCGUUUCUCACCGCCCCAUUCCAGGGGUCCUAGUCGAUCAACGGCCCGACGACGGCGUUCUGCCAGAGUUACCGUGUGCUUUGUACUUGUUGGUCCUAAGGGGGUGGCUGUUUUCCGGACACCCUCUUUCUGUGAUAUCUUUUCGUCCUUGGCGAGAGGAACAUGGAGCGUUGCUAGAUUGAAUCAUCAUGGGUAUCAUAGUACGUCGGUGGUUCGCAAAUUACGCUUUGACCUCGGCGCCUCCAUUCACCCGGACAUGUGAUUUUGGUGUGAUUUGCAUGACUUUGAUUUUGAUGUGAGAUGAUGGAUUGAUGUGAUUCGGUCGAUCUCGAGCCACUGGGGACCGAAUAAUGAACAACAGAG